AUGAAGUGACUGAGUGUGGCUUCGGAGUGAGUGAUGAAGUCACUGAGUGUGGCUUCGGAGUGAGUGAUGAGGUCACUGAGUGUGGCUUUGCUUGUCCAUUGCAGCUGAAGCCACGUCGACCGAUGCGACCUGACCCUGAGAAGAGAAACAGCGCCCACCUGACAACCCACCUGAAGCAGCUGCACCGCAUGUCACAGGCCUCCACAUCGUCCACCGGUUCGUUGGACCGCUCCACCCCUUCCUCGGGUGACUUCUCAGACGAGCCGCCCCCUCUCCCCCAGAAGCUUGCACAGGCCGACUACACGAACAUAGUGGAUACAGGUCAGCUGCUCGGACCAAAGAACACCCGGUCCAUGCUGCACACACGCGUCAAGGACAAGCCGCCGCCCCCUCUACCUGAGGAUGAAGACAUUCCACCAACCCCGCCAAAGAAACCCAUGCGACCGGCCACAAAGGAUGAACCAGCUAAUGGUUCGCCCGACGAUGGGACGGCCGUCUAGGAAGGAGGGAGGCAGAAAACCCGCAUCCAUACUCCGCCGUUGACCCCGCGUUGAGGAAGUGGCACAGUGACCUCGGAAACCUUGCCGACCUUUGCAUCCCUUGCAAGCUUGGUGAUCCUGACAACCUUGGUGACUUUUGCAGGCUGGUGACAUUAACGACCUUGGCGAUCUUUGCAAGCUUGGUGACCCUGAUGACCUUGCUGACCUUUACACACUUGGUGACCUUUAGGACCAUCGUGACUUUUGUGUCUUUUCUAAGCUUGUUUACCUUGACGGUGCUUCCAGCUCUGCAGGAAGAGCAGGAGGGGGACUCUCUGAGAUGCAUUCUCUGUUGGGGUUGAGGUGCCUCUUCGCAGCCAACAAUAGGCAGCAAUUUACUACACAACGAUCUCUAAUUAACCGAUUACACUGUAGUUGUGCUUUACACUUCCAUGCGGUGAAGGUGUGUGACGGUCGGCUUUACACUCUUGAGCUUCCAUUUCUCGAUUUUUCGAGACGUAAUUUGCUAGCGAAAAACGAGUUCGCGAUGUUGCUUUGGAAUAAAAGUGGCUAUAUUUUUUUACAACGUGUUCACGAUUUUAGUGAGGUAGCAAGUUCUGAUUGACAAGCUUCAACAUUAGUGCCGUAGAUUCUUAGGUAAAAUUCGUUUAUCAUCAUACUUUGAAGUGUAAGACAUCAAAUGUAAGGAGCUAAAUGUUGGCGACAUGGUAUCAAUUUUCAUGUGCAUGCUCGCGUGCGUGUGUGCGUGCUUGCGUACGUGCGUACGUGCAUCUAUAUCGUCGUGCUAUAUGGCUAGGAGUAGAGCUGUGAAUUGGGACCGACAGCCCUAAUGAGCCCUAUAAUUCUAUUAUAUACAUAGUCCUAGGGAGGUGUGCUUCUUUGUUUCAUGCGUGGUACCGUUGCACUAUAACCAGCGUGUGCGUGAGUGUCGAACGGCUUGUGUUAUGGAAGCAUUUCGAGAACGUGGCAUAUUUACAGUAGUUGCACGAUGUAUAGAGAUUUCGAAUUAAUGCUUAUAGAUUUGUUUUUGUCUUUGUUAUGAUGUCCAUUGUCGUUGCAACGAUCAUGUUCACGAAUUUAUUUAGAAUUUAGCAAUGUUCUGUUUGUAAUGCUUUUGUAAUGCUUUGCCUAAUCAGUAUUUUAAUCAAACGGGGAAGGGGGGUGUACAAAAUUGCAUCGGCAAGUUUAUAUUUACGUGAUUUAAUUAUGACACAGUUCCAUUGAUCAUAAUUAUAUGUAACUUUUGAUAUGCUAGUCUUGGUCUGUGUUGUAUUCAUGCGAAAUUUGUGUUUUUUAAUAUGAUUAAUCAUGUUGAGUACUUGCAACUGCUCGUGAUGGCCUGGGUUGGUGACUGGCGAGGAAGCUGUGGUGAUGCACCCCAGCUAACUCGGCUGAGAAGACUAGCCAUAAUUCCGUUGCCGUGGCAACGACCGCCUCCCCGAGCCGUUUGUGUAGGAGACCUGCCUCUUAUGGAAAAACGCCGUGCCAAAGUUUUUUUACGUCAUUUGUUAUCGUCGCCUUAAGCUAAUCUGAGGUAAUAAACUGUAUGCAAAAUGCCCAUCGACCUCGCUAAAUAUGGUGUGUAUUUGUAGGAACGUGUAUGUGUGUGUGUGUCUUAGGCCGUGCUAGUAUGCGUCGCAAGCGUAACUUUGUGCUAGGGUAGGCUGUAGUACUCCUGUGUUAGCUAUAUAUAUAUAUAUAUAUAUAUGU